UAUGGCCUUGCCACAGUUAUUCGUAUCUCCUACAUCAUAUCGGUGUGUAGUUGAUCGGUGUACAUACAUUGAAAUUAUUCAAAAUUUCAUUUAAACUGAGCCCUGAGGCCCUUGUUCAAUGAGAUAAUGGUGACUUGGAGUUCCUGUGUGCUGCAUCACUCCAGUUCAGCGUCCUGAGCUGCUGAUCACAGAUUUAAGACCAGCAGACAACAGGAGCAGUGACUGAGGCAGUCCCAGCGGCAUGCUGCUGUGCAAGACACUGUUGCGCAAGGGCAGGCAUUGCUGCGGUCUGCGCCUGUUGCGAUGUGCUGUGACGAUUGUUGCAGUAGUAGCACUUGUCAUGGUGUUGUACUCUGCCUACUAUCUGGGCCAGGCACACGUCAUUCAGGCGAUGCACCAUCAGCCGCCGACAGUCCGCGUCACUUGCGGCGCACCGCCAGCAAACGGCGCCGCCUCUGCCGACGAUGACGCACGUCACCGCUCGGCCGCCCGACUCCGGCUGGAGCCCAAAGUGCUUCUCUUCCUCGAGUCGCAGUACUCUGCCCGCGCCAAGGAGCUGAGCACCCUGCUGACGGCCAGUGGCAUCCGCUACAAGAUAGUGACGUCGGCCGCCCUGCCGACGUUCACUGCCGGCGGCCGCGGUCGGUACGGCGCUCUGCUGUUCGAGUCGUACGAACGCUACCUGGCCAUGGACGCGUGGAGCCGGGCGAUCGUGGACCGCUACUGCACCGACUUCGACGUCGGUAUCGCGGCGUUCAUGCCGGCUCGUGAGGAGAGCCUGCACGGUGCCACGCUGCCGGGCUCGGCGCUGCGCAUUCACACUAACCUGGCGCUGCGGGACGCGCGACUGGAUCCCGAGUCGCCGGUGCUGCGUAUGGCGCGCGCCGGUGAGACGCUGUGGGGUGCCGUGCCUGGCGAGGCACAUACAGUGUUUGUGCACAACCAUACAUCGUAUCGUCCAGUGAUGAUGGCAGAACUGGGCGGGCCAGAGCUGGCCGCCGGUCGCCUACAGGGCGCGCCGCUCACAGUGGUGGUACAGGACUGCGGCUACCACGACGGUAUCAGACGCGUGCUGUUCGGUGUCAGUCCGAUGUUCUGGCUGAGUAAGCUGCUGUUGCUGGACGCGUUGUCGUACCUCUCGCACGGCCGGCUGGCAGGGGACCUGGAGCGACGCAUUCUGGUCGACGUGGACGACAUUUUCGUCGGCAAAGCGGGAACCCGGAUGAAGCCGGCUGACGUGGAGGCGAUGCUGGCCAGUCAGGAGCGGCUGCGCAGUCUGGUUCCUGGCUUCACUUUCAACCUCGGCUUCUGCGGCAAGAUGCUGCACUCUGGCACAGAUGAGGAAGACGCCGGCGACGAUGCGCUGCUGGCGGCCGCCGACAAGUUCUGGUGGUUCCCUCACAUCUGGAGCCACAAGCAGCCGCACACCUUCGCCAACCGGACCGCCAUCGCCGAACAGAUGGCGCUCAACAAGGCGUUCUCCGCCAAACACGGCAUUCCCGUGCUGCACCAGUACGCCGUGGCGCCGCACCACAGCGGCGUCUACCCCGUCAGCGACCAGCUGUACGAGGCGUGGCGCGAGGUGUGGGAUGUGCGACAGACGUCCACCGAGGAAUACCCGCACCUGUACCCCGCCGGCCAGCGGCGAGGCUUCGUCUACCGCGACGUGCGCGUGCUGCCCCGACAGACGUGCGGCCUCUUCACGCACACCAUUAUGAUAGACGAGUACCCGGGAGGACGACAGGUACUCGAGGACAAAAUUCGCGGCGGUGAACUGUUUCAGACGAUCGUCACCAAUGCGAUCUCGGUGUUCAUGACACAUCUGAGUAACUACGGUAACGACCGCCUGGCGCUGUACGCGUUCGAGUCGGUGGUGCGUUUCGUGCAGUGCUGGACGCGGUUGCGGCUGCAGACGGAGCCGCCCGACCGGCUGGCCGACCUUUACUUCCAGCGCUUCCCGGAACAACGUGACCCGGUGUGGGGCAACCCGUGCAAGGACCAGCGCCACCUGAAUCUGUGGCGUCUGGCGGGCAACGCGUCCGUAUGUGAUCGGUUCCCGAAGCUGCUGAUCCUGGGACCGCAGAAGACGGGCAGCACGGCGCUGCUGAGCUUCCUCAGCCUGCACCCGACGCUGCGGGCCAGCCUGCCGAGCCCGCAGACAUUCGAGGAGGUGCAGUUCUUCAACGGUGACAACUACCUGCGAGGGAUUGAUUGGUACCUGGAGUUUUUCCCGGUGCCCAACAGCGACUCAUCGGUGUACCUCUUUGAAAAGAGCGCCACUUACUUCGAUGGCGAUGCCGUACCCAAACGAGUGUUUGCUCUCCUGCCGAAAGCCAAACUGGUGGUGAUCCUGCUGAGCCCGGCGGCGCGGGCGUACAGCUGGUACCAGCACCAGCGCGCUCACGGGUUACCGGUGGCGCUGGAGCACUCAUUUCUGGAGGUGAUCACAGCCACCAACCAGUCGACGAGGGCGCUGCGGCAGCUGCGGAACCGCUGUUUGGAGCCGGGGAAAUACGCGGCUCACCUGGAGGCGUGGCUGCGCUACUUCCCUGCUGAGCAGCUGCACCUGGCGGACGGCGAGCGGCUGCGUACCGACCCCGUCACCGAGCUGCACCGGCUGCAGGACUUCAUACAGGUGUCUCCCCGGGUCAACUUCACUAAACUGAUCACCUACGACGCCGAGAAGGGCUUCUACUGCCAGCGCGUUCCAUCCGGCUCGGGCGGCGGUAGUCGCACUCGCUGUCUCGGCGGCGGCAAAGGCCGAAAAUACGACCCAAUGUCCGACGACGAGGAACGAGUCCUCAAGAAAUACUUCUUUAUCUUCAACCAGAGGCUGAGCAAGCUGCUGAAACGGAUCGGGAAGCCGGUGCCGGACUGGCUGGUCAGAGAGCUGACGGAUGUGCCGGCGACAGGGUGACGUGGGGAGGGACCAGGGGUUAUGCUGGGGGCGGGGGAGGGUAUCACGGGUUAUAGGGAGGGUGGGGUGCGGAGGGAAGGGAAAGGAUGGUUAUGACGGGUAGGGGGUGGGGUAGGUUUAUGUGGUGAUAAUGACCUGUUAGGUUUGACUGAGUUUCUGAUGUGACUGACCAACCGACUGACUGACUGAAUGACUGAUCGAUGUUUUUAAAUGACUGCACAGAAGGAAUGACAGGGCAGACUGCUGAAUUUUCUAGUUGAUUUUCUGCAUGUUCGACUGACUGCAUGACUAUCCUAACCUACUGAUGUCGUGGUUCGCGACCUGGGAUAUUCUCUCAUAUCCCUUGAGAUGAGGUCUACCCUAAGCAGACCACUAGAUGUACCUAUUAACCCUGACUGAGAUAUUCUGUGAUCUCUCGUGAAGCAUUAAUCUGUGAGAAGACUAGGAUGACGCUUUACCUAAUGAGCAUUACGUAACCACUUAUCAAUGGUAUGGGAGGUAUUUAUCAGUACCUGAUCCGAGUAUUGGUUCUUGGCAGCACAGAUAUUAUAAAUGAGAAUCUAUGCAUCACAGAUGUCCCAACGCCCUAUCGCAGGCCCCAAGUUGACGGCGAUUGAGACACCACUUGGGAAAUGCCCGGGAGCGUAGCAUGUUUACUCUUGUGAUUUCGCUUGUUUUGAGAAAUGUUUUGUUGCUUUUAAAGUAACUGAUCAUGAAUUCAUGAGCUUCUACUCAAACUGCAGUCAGUGGUCUUGCUCGUUCCCACCUGGAGAUAUUUAAAACAUAGCUUUUCAAAAUUGCAUGUGGAUGAAUUUUCGGAUGUAGGCAAGAUGUGCAUGAAAAUGUGCAUGCAAAUACCAUAGCCUUAAAGGGUGCUUACAUAUUAUAGCAAGUAACAAAGUUUUCUAGAAAAUUACUUUGAAACAUACUAAUGUCAUGAGUUAAUUUCCAACUUGAUUUCUGAAACCACAUUAAGUUUCUUGUUUACCUGCAUAUUAUAUUUACCUGCAUAUUAUAAAAUUCGCGUCAGUCGGUAUUGCAGAAUGCCCAAUCAAAUGUAUGUUGUAAAUUAUAGAUUACGCUGGCUCUAGGCCCUCUAGGCUCGGCAGCUUAAGUAAAGCUAACUUCUAAACGCCACCAUGUGGCUCUACUGACAUUAUGAAGACAUCCCGGCAUGUCUGACCUGAUAUAUUGUGGCUGUCUGUUGAAAUAACUGAUUGGGUGGAUCAUUCAGAAGUGCUGCAGCUCUGGCCUCUGGCAUUAUUCCAGAUCUGGCGCCUCAAAUCGUUUGCUGCUUUCACCGAGAGCGCCAAGCUCUGUUUUCGUCAUUAAUAGUCGUUAUUAUAUCUUUAAGUAAGGUAUAACCAUCGGUGAGCGCUUUGGUGGAUGUCUGGUGCCAUUUAGUUCCGUGUCCAGUUGCGUGCUAUGUACGCCGGGCAGUGUGUAGGGAACCAGCCUCUCCGUAGUCUGAAGAUAGUGCGGCCUUGGGCGACCAACUGGUGCUAAGUAGAGCUGUUAGGCGGCAUGGAGGGGAUAGCAGUCGUUCCCACUUCCUCUGCCUAUCGACACCGACUCGCUCUCGUGCGUCGGGGCGUCUCAUGCGCGCCCUCUAUGUAACCGAACAGAUGGUUCGGCAGCCAUGUUUUUUAUACGACCUUCCCGAGGUUGCUAGAGCUCGAGAGUGAUAACGCUGGACCAGAAAGGAGCCCGAUCGAUCAGAGCGAUCGGAGUGGCGGCCUGCAUGAAGCAAGUCGCGAGCCAUUAACUACACCACAGUCUUUGUUUGGACUGGAUACGUGUCUGUGGGUUUAUUCCCUCUUUAUAAAGCUUUUAAAGGGACUGUCCCACCUUAACAUUAGAUUUGAGUUGAGAUAGCCAUCUUGAUGGACGUUCUUUGAAAAUCAGUGCCGUGAAAACCGUUUCUCCAGCAAUUACUUCAUCGCAAAGAAAUUUGAGUUUGAUUUUGACAUCUGUGCAAAUAAGUGCCACAAUGUAUUGGUAUAGGCACUUAAAUCUGAUGACGUCAUCAGGCUUUCGAACGUCCGUUAAAUGUUUGACUAAAACGUUUUGUAGCACGCGGUGGAAUAUGCUGCGUUGCGCGCAACAAAUGCCGCACUUUUAAAUAAAGUCGCUAGGAACAGCGGAGAUCCCAAAAAGUAAACAAAAGUAAAAGUCUAAUAUCUUGAAAACCGGUGAAUAUUUUUCGGUGAAAUUUGGUAGAUAUUCGUUUUCGCUCUUUCUGAACCGAGCGACAUCACUUUCAUGCCAAUUCAUAAACUUUUUUAAAGGUGGGAGGGUCCCUUUAAGCCAAUUGCUUGCCAAUGGCGGAGACUGUUUCGUUCUUGCGGUAAUCAGGCUGCUUUUUGUAGUUGACAUAAUGAAUCUUUGGCAGCAAUGUCAAAUUGAUUUACUAGGUGUUUGUUCUGACUCGGCUUAACGCUGGGUACUUAAGUCUUCCUUUGGACGAAUCUUCUACGUCGUGUUCGAAAAAUAUGUGUUGUAAUAAUUGAGCUAAUAAGUGAGUGAGUUGGUGAAAAUGGGAGUCAGCGAGUGACUGACGGGGAGUGUUAGCAAGGAUUUGUAAAGGAUUAUGGUGUUUCGUGUACUUUGAUCGGCGGUUAAUCAAUGUCAUAUUGUAGACUGACAACCGUUUCCCUUGUUGAACUUUCUUCUCGGUGUCCAGACUUUUCAUCAGUAAACUCUGUAAGCCGGACGGUCACCGAAAGGAUCUGGUGAUGGUUGCUAUGCCGACGAGGAUGGAUGUUUCUUUGUACGAUAUCGCCAUGACCUGUCAGGCCAGGUCAGCCUGGAUUAGGUCGUCACUUUUGGUGUAUUGAUGUUUUCACAGUGUUCUUACACGUGUUUUCUUACCGAGUACCGGUCGAGCUAAUUCUUGCUAUUGCUAUCGAAAUAGAGGGCGGUUUAAGUCUGACUGAGGUUGUGCGCUAUUAUCGCAGCAGCAAGCCGCCGCGCUGCCUAAUGAUUGGUCCUGUGACGUCAUGAAUGUCGCGAUAGGUCGUAUGACGUCAUAAAUAUCGUGAUUUGGUUUUAUGAUGUCAUAAAUGUUGCGGCCGUCACACUGUGUGUGACGUCGCGUGUUUUGGCCCGGAGGUGUGCCGAGGGCGAGCUGAGCAAUACGAAGUGUGGAGUAUCUAAUACAGACUCACUGCCA